CCCCAUCCUCAACUGGGACAUGUAAUAACGUGUCUAUUUCAGGCCCUAAAUGCCAGUAUACCGUGCCAAGGAAGGAGUAUUACAACUUCCUGAUUCCAGCGAAGAAUGGACGAAAGAGUUUACUUUUAUCCAAGCUGCAGACUGUCAACUAGGUUUGGAGUGGGUUAUGAUCGAGAGUGAGCACGAUGUUGCGAAUACCGACUGGAAAAAUUAUUAUGAAACAUCUACAUGGGAGGAUGAGAUUAGAUGGUGUAAAUCAUUUGUUAGCAUGGUGAACAAGAUGGAGAUAAAGCCAAAGUUCGCAAUCAUGUGUGGGGAUAUUUUGGAUGCUAUGCCCGAAAGAUGGCCUGAGGUUCGAGAUAGACAGAAUGUUGAUUUUCAGAGGAUCUUCAAAGAGCUGGACAUUCCUUUAGUUUGUGUUUGUGGGAAUCACGAUGUUGGCAACUCGCCAACCCAGGAAACUGUCGACAAAUACAGAUCUGAGUUUGGAGAUGACUGGUUUAGUUUCGUGUGUAACGGAGUGUUUUGUAUCGUUGUCAAUUCCCAAUACUACGAGGACCCCCAAUUUGUCCCGGAAAUAGCUGCUGAACAUGAUUCCUGGCUCUGUGAACAGGUAGAAAUAGCGAAAUCGGGAAAGUAUCAGCAUUCUGUGAUCUUUCAACACAUUCCCUUGUAUGUUGAGACUCCUGACGAGCCAAAGAUUUACUUCAAUUAUGUCCCUGAACUUCGAGCUAAAAUGUUAAAACAAUUUUCUGAAGCCGGGAUUUGUAAGAUCUUCUGUGGACACUACCACAGGAAUGCAGGAGGUUGGUAUGACGACAAGAUGGAGUUAGUUGUAACAUCUGCUAUCGGGGCACAACUUGGGAAAGAUAAGAACGGAUUUCGUGUGGUGACGGUUCAAGAAAAGGAGAUUACCCAUGAAUAUGUUGAACUUGAAGAUUUGUAAUUAUGUGUUUCGAUUAGUUUUUAGCAUUUAAAGAGUUCUGUUUUGUGAUUUUUAUUUUUUGGUAUAAAGUUUAUAUUGUUCUUAUUUAGAUUUUCCUUGUAAAAAUAUGUCCAUGAUGAUGAUUUAUAAUGAUCUUGAAUUUUAGAUCUAUAGAAUUUAAAUCAGAUUUUACUGUGUUUUUAUAUACUUUUUUCAUAGUUCGCAGUUAUGAGUUUAAUAUUAUGAGUUUCAUAUUUUGAUGUGUACAGUUCACUGUUCAGGGAU